UUGUUCCCCUAAUCCGAGCAUCUAUUUUUUAUGUGUACAUAGUGACAGAAGCGAGUAGCUGUAGAGCGCCCUUAUUAUAAAGGGAAUAAUAGCGAGGCGCGGCACACAUCCCACACCGGUGGAAAACAUUAUAAAUAAAAUCCCUUAAAAAACGCUGGGAAUACCGCAUCACUGGAAUAACCUGGAGAGUGCAUUAUUUAUCCCGGAGAGGGAGAGAAACGCCUGAAGCAGCGCGUCCAUCCAUACACUUCUUGUAGACGCAAACAAAGCCCGGUUCAUAAUGUCUGCCCCAGGUCCUGCCGGUGCUCCUGCCACAGAGGGAGGUAACCAAGCUCCCCCCAACCUUACCAGCAACCGUCGCUUACAGCAGACACAGGCUCAGGUGGAUGAGGUGGUGGACAUUAUGCGUGUGAACGUAGACAAGGUUCUGGAGAGGGACCAGAAGCUGUCAGAACUGGAUGAUCGGGCUGAUGCCCUGCAAGCUGGAGCCUCACAGUUUGAGACCAGCGCCGCCAAGCUCAAGAAUAAAUACUGGUGGAAGAACGCCAAGAUGAUGAUUAUCUUGGGGGUGAUAUGCGCAAUUGUCCUCAUUAUUAUCAUUGUGUACUUCAGCACCUAAAUUGCCAUGUUCCUACCCCAGUCUGAGCUCAUGAAUGCCCGAUUCCAAGCCACAGAGAAAACACUCCCAAAAAAGAUGAGAAAAAUUACUUCUCACAUCAAUCUAUUUAUUUGCCCUCAAAGAGUCUAAAUCUGCCCCUUCCUCGAGCCCCCUUGCCCCCCUUCUCCACGGCCUCACAGCUCGGCCCCUGUCACUCCUCGUUCGUCCUGUCAGUGAGUGUGUGGCCUUGUCUCCUCUGUAAAUACCUCCAGCUUUUCUGAAAUACUGUUCAUAAUCCAGACUCCUGAUGACUUGUGACAACAACCGAAAUAAGAUCCCAACCCAUGCAACUACUUAGAAUAUGAUAAGAUAAAAUAAUAUAUAAUAAUAGAUAUAUAUAUUCAAAAUGUUCUUUGUAGAGUUUUAUUCUGAUAUAAUGGUUUUUGUAGUUUGUGUGUGAGUGUGCAUUUGUAUAUUUUUUUACGUUUUUGUAAGACUUAUUUUGCUUCAGGUUGAAACUACUGCCUCUUAAUCUGGGUGUUUGUAUUGUGCACGCUCUAUUUCACUCUUUUGAUGUCUUUCUCAGUCUUGCCUACUGAGUAUUGGUGUAUUUAUGCACAAGCGAUAUACUCCCUUAACUGAGGUUCUAAAUCAAUAGUUCCUAAUAUUUCCCUAGUCACAUUCACGCUAUCUCUGACCUACUUCUUUCUUUCUUUCUUUCUUUCUUUCUUUCUUUCUUUCUUUCUUUCUUUCUUUUCUACUAUUAGUGAACUGUCACAACAGAUUUGGACCAAUGACUGUAGAUGUUUAUCUUAAUUUGAUAUCUGUAGUGUCUUAUCUCUUAAAACAUUCCUUAAAAGCAGCGUAGAACUAUGCUGUCUAUAAAACACACAGUGUAAAGUAAGCGUAUUUAUCUUAAAGGAUUACAAGUAAGUAUUAAACAGCCUUAAAUAUACAAGGCAUAACUGUCAACUCGUUUUGACUCAGAUGGCAAAGUAAUUAAUCGCACAAAAAUCACUUGAGUUAUAAACAGUCCAUUGCCCUGUAUGUUAAGUGAAGAGAGACGUUUAAAAGUGCUUAGUGAUUGUCUAACACAAUUUUCGCUAUAGUUCUGCUGGUAAAGAUUUUCAAGGCCAGAGAUUCUCCAUACAGAGGGGAAAUAGUAUCAUGCAAAAAUAGCUUGUUUCCGAUGGCACUUUGUAACUAGUUAGACUGCAGGUGCGACUGAGAGAGAACCAUGUGCUGUGUGACCUUCUCACACCAUAUCAGCCUGUUAAAAAUACUGCCAAACCAAUACAUUACCCACAUAUGAGUUCAUCUGUCUGAAAGCACAUUGGUUUCUCUAACUACUUUAUAACAUGAGCUAGUUAGAACAGCUCUGGUUCUCUCUCUUAUAUCUAGAUACUGCCUUUUGAGUUUUUUAUUUGUUCUUUCUUUAUAGAUUAUAUUUGUAUUAUUUUUUUAUGUGAGAAGCAGGCAGAAAAGGGACCAGAUCUUUCAGAUCUUGAUGUGUGCAACAAGCGCCUUUGUGUCCCUCGCUAUUGUCCACCUCUCUGUGUCGUGUUUAUCGGGUUCGGAUGUAAUAUACACACUGCCAAGCACCUGAGGGGACACUUUUCCUUUCCCGGUUUUUGUUUUUCACCGUGCCCUUCCUGGUUUGCUCUUGUGCAUAUAUUAAGCCUCCAUCAACAUCCACUCAAUCUGUCGACAAAAAGAGAGCCUUGUGGAUAUGCACGUGAUCACAUCCCCUCACAUCUCCUUGUUAGCAUCAUUAGGUUUUCUCUUUUCAAACUGUAACUCUGCUGCCUCCAGCUUCCCGAGGCUAUUAUUACAGUAGAAUUUGUGUGGACUUUAUUUAGGAGCAUUGGUGUGUCACGCUUUAUCCUAACAGAUUAGGCUGCUUAGACUUCUGCAGGUAAAGGAAGGCUGUUCCCAUGGUAACCAGUGGGAGAAGGGAUCAGAUUAGCUGAUUAACUUUGACAGGAGGCGGAGCCAUUGUUUUGAGGGGUUGGGUCUAGAGUAACGAUUCCACUGGUGUGUAUUCCAUCAGUAUGAUCUGUAGGAAAUAGCUUGCGGGAACUACUUUGAUUUCGAUUUUUUUGUAAAGAUAGGCAGCCGGCUUAUUUCAUUCUUUCAUCUUGAUAUCCAUCGGCUUUUUUUUUCUUCUUUUUUUACAAGGAGAUAGCCUUAGUACAUUUCAUUUGUUCCCAUCCGAUGCAUCCCGCUCAUGUAGGGCUUCUUUAAAUUGAAAAUGACCAAAGACCAUAUUAUAUCUUGCUUAUACUGCCAACUGCCAUCAAAAACAGGUUAAGGAACUAAACAUUUCCCCUUGUUCUCUUACUGAUCUCUGGGUUUUCAAAAGCUCACUUCCAGCAAAAGAAAUAAACGGAAAGGAAAAAUAUUAGCAUUUUCAAGUUUACAUUUUAUUUUACUUGAAUAUUUAGUAUUAGUUAAAAAUUGACAAUGAUUGCUUACAGGAAAAGAAAUUUAAAACCCCGAUAUCCAAACCAACAAUGAUAGCACAACUCCUCCUUUAGGUAUCUAAAAUGCUGAGUAUGAAACAUGAAACUUAAAACUUCUUUGUAGCUGCUGAAUUAAAUACAUUUUAUUUAAUUUUAUUGUAUGGUGUUGUAGUGUGGGGUUCACCUGUGGGAAGGGGGUCCUGUUUUUUGGGGGGACAUUUUACAUUUACUUGUAACAUAAACGUCCACAAUUAGAACUAUAUGUAGAUGAUAUCAAAAUAGAGAAACUUUUAAGGCAAGACUAUAUAUAGAUAAAUAUUAGGCAAAUAUAAGAAUUCUUCUCCCAGGGGUUGUCAAUAUUUUUAAGGGAUGGAACUAAUUCAAGAACACGCAUUGGGGUAGGACUCAAACAUGACAAAUUAAUCAGAGCGUUUGAGAAUGCAUUCUAAUAGGGGACUAAUAAAAACAAUGUAUGUGCUUUUCUUUUCUGUGUGAGUGUAUGAUGACAUUUUCUCCUUGUCUUGGCACUUAUGUUUUGUUAAAAAAUGUGUGGCUUGAGAGCAAUGUCACCCUGUUAAAGAUAUUGCGCCUUCUUUAUUGGAGGGAACCAACGAAGACGCAGGACUUUACCAGACAGGCUCAAAAGCCACAGUGAUUUCUUUAUGACACAUGUCAUACAGUUGUUUAGACUGAAGUUUUUUUACUUUAUUUUGAGCAGGAAUUAGUUACGGCUUCACAGUUGUGCUCUGUGGCACAUAUUCAUUGUGCUUAACCAGAAGAGGGUGAAUUUAUUUCCUAUAAUUUUAUUUUAAAGAUAAGAAUGGUGACCUAAGAUAUUAAUACUGGAAACCCUACCUUAUUAAAGGUUAGAGGUUUUUUGACUUUCAGAAAGCUUGUACAGAGUGUGACUGAGUUAACAACUUGGUUAAAUGGAAAACUAUUUGGUUGUGAUUCAUUGAUUUGUUGAGGGUUUUUGGGACUAAAUAGAGAAUGCAUACAGGUCAACUAGAAAUGCAUUGAACCGAGAGCCAAGAUGCUGUAUUGAUAUAACAAUUUGUAUUUAAUUUGUUUAUUUAUUUGAUUUAUGAAAGUUUGUUUGGGGAGGAAAGUUUUAAGAUUAGAUUAGUAAUACCCCUGGUCGUCUGGCCUCUUUGGAGGGACUAGGCUUGAGGAUCAUGGGCAAUGAGAUCUUUACAAUCUGAUUUUAUGUUUCUUUUUAUGAAUUGUGUCAUAAGUUAUAGUGUAUUGUAUAUUAAACAGAACGAAGUACAUUGUAACAGGGAACCAUUUGGCGACUGGACAUACAUUAAAUAAAUUGUAGAGUAAAUCGUUCAAUGUCUAUUAUAUGGAUGGGAAAAUGUCUUGGGAAAAUGUAUAUAUAUAUACACACAUAUAUAUAUAUUGCACACAAAAAAAGAAGAAAAAAAAGACAGUUAUGAUGACCUGUGUUUAUUGUUCCAAGUUAGAAAUGAAAAUGUGUGUGUGUUUGAAAACAAUGACAACAUAAAAAAUAAAUAUAUAAU